AUGCACGGCCCAGCCUCCGCUGCGGGCCAUGUCACUGCCGCUGCAGCGACGAAUAACCGCGCGGAAGGGCAGCCCCAAGGCAACGGGGCGACCGCAAAGGCCGAUGAUCAGUGGCAGGCAAUGUGCGAAGAGGAAAUCAGGAGUAAGGGGCUGCAGCUGCGCGGAGAAUCCCUCCCCAACAUCUCCGACAUCAAAAUGACCUACCGAGAGGCAUGGCGCACGGGCAAACAAGGCUGCCUAGGGGUGAAAAGGAACCUCUGGGACCCGCACCUCUUCUCCGGCACGUGGUACUUCGUUUGCGACGGCACCGACCCCAACAACUUCCUGGUGCUGCACGCGCACAACGCGGAGCAGAAGGGGAAACAGGUCGUCAUCAGCAUGUGGGAGCUCAUAGACGGGUACUGGGUCGGGAACAAAUGCCGCGUGCUCUACCAGCCGAGGAACGAGGACGGCAGCAUUGCCUCGUCGGCUACGAGGACCAUGGUCAUCGAGGGGUUCGCGCGCGAAUUCUACAUGGCGAUGAUCAAGUGCAUCCACGAGAGCCAGGUCCGGCUGCAACUCAUGCAACUUGAGCUCAAGAGCCUGCAAGACCAGUUCAGCCGCAGCAAGGCCUCGCGCUGCAAGGCGGCUGCCCCGAGGGUCAAGCGCACCAGCGUGAAGUACUCCGCCGCAAGCCUCGUCGCCGCCGGGCUCAACAGCAGCGCGCUGGUGUACGAGGCCGCCAAGUUGAAACACGCGCGCGGCUGA